UCGCUGCUAGCUCUGAAUUCCGUAUUCCCCUCUUACUUCUUUUUUAUUAUCGGAAAUAUCCACGAGAAAUUGUAGUUAAGUAGUAUGACUGUGACUAAGGGUGAAACGGGGCUUGAUGUGGUCAGACAAAUUAUAUAUUUGGGUUUUAACUAAUGUAAUUUUAAAGAGGUAAAUAAGGACGGGUCUGUCUUUCGAAGGCUUGUUUACAGGUCAUAUAACGCUUCUGAACUUGUUUCAGGUAAACUUCGAAAUCUUGAAAAAGGGCAAGCGCUACCGCUAAAGAAGUAAAAUCCCCGAAAUACGACUUCACGCUUCUGAACCAAGUUCAGGUUAAUUCGAAACAGAGAUACAGGGUGACCGAUUGAGAAUCCACUACGUGGAAAAUUAGACAACGCUUCUGAAACUAGUCCAGAUUAUCGCAAACCCGAAACAUGGGGUCCGCAAGCGAGAGCGAAGAGGAAGUCGACGCAAAAACAAUCUUGGCAAUCCGCACCAGCGCUAAACGUCGCCACACCCGUCAAGCAAACCACCUCAAGACGUUGGUCGACGGAGGAGGAACGGCAGAUGACGUGAACGUAGCUUUAGCGGUACUCGAAGAAGCUUACAGCGAGGUGGUGCGAGUAAAUGCCAAAUACAAGCAAGCAGAUAAGGGCAAGGAGAAAGACGCUAUUGAAUGGGAAGCUGAAAUCAACACCUUUUAUAUGGGAUGUAGAAAGGCAGCGGAAGAAUAUUCGAAUAAGGAGAAGGAGAAGUUGGACGCGGCCCCUAACGCAAAAAAGAGAAGACUAGAAUUGGAGUUUGAGCGAGAGCAAGCGAAGCUCGAUGAGCAACGUAAACUGGAGGACAUUCGACAACAGAGUCAACGAGAACAAGAGGACCUCACUCUACAGAUCGAAUACCAGCGUCAAUUGGAGGGCCUAAAAUCGCCGGGAAAAUCAAGUUUCAAGCCAAGGUUUACUUCCUCCAUAAAUGACUCGGAUGACGAGAAAAGACCAAGAGGACCAUGGCCAAAAUUAUCCAUUACACCGUUCAACGGAGAUUCCCGAACAUGGCCUGAUUUCGAACUCUCAUUCGGCGCUCUCAUCAACAACACCCGAAUGCCAGAAGAUAUGAAGCUACUAGCCCUUCGGGAAAAUUUGGAACCGGACGUCCGAAGGAGAGUAGCCAAUUUAUUUGUGGCCUCGGCUAAUUACCAGACGUCGUGGAAGGCCCUAACUGAUCGAUAUGGUAAUCGCCAAGCCAUCAUGCAUGCCCACGUCCAAGAAUUAUUAGCUCUUCAGCCAUUCUCGUCGGGAGAUCUAAAAUCACUGGUCAACAUGGCGGCCUUAGUGAAAGAUGCAGUAACUAGUGUGAAUCAAGAAGAAGGCCAAUCAUACUCCAACAUCGUGAGCCAAUUGAUUAGAGUCCUGCCAAGCGAGCUUCAAAGAGAGUGGGGAAGGUUCGCCUACCCACUACGACCAAGAGUGCCAGGCCUUGCCGAUUUUGACAAAUGGAUAGAAGGUAUUGUAGGAGCAGAAGAAUUUUUGGGCGCAUCAGCAUCGCGCACCACGCAAAAAUCGCCGCAACCCCCAGCCAAGAUGGUAAAAUUUGGCCCGACGGUGAGAAUGGCGACUAUUCAAAAUACAACAAAUGAAGACAACACUUGCACGGUGUGCCACGCCAAUCCAGGGCAUCCUCUAGCAUUCUGCCAGACGUUCAUCGACUUCUCACCCACCCAAAGAGCGGAAGCAGUCGCGAAAGGAAAGCAUUGUUUUAGAUGCCUUGGACGGAAACACUUCUCAUCCGCAUGCAAAAAGUCGACAAAAUGCACCGUAAUGGACUGCUCCCAGUUUCAUCACCCGCUCCUUCAUGGAUCGGGACGAGUUUUCCCGCGUCGGUCAGAAGGAUCAAAAGACGCCUAAUUGCAGCUGUCGGUGGCCUCGGGACUGUUGCGGACCAGAUUCGCGUCCGCAAAUAUUCAUUUGGCAACCCAGACACCAACAAAGGAGAAAUAAGAAAAGGUGGAGAAAGGCGGAAGAUCCCGAGAUGGGCGGAAAACCCAUUCAUUUCGUUUUUUUCUGACGCGGGCGGCAAGCUACAGUGCAGCUCUGUACGUGGUGCUAAUCGUUCGCUAAAAAAUACACUGUGUUCAUCCGCUA